AUGUCAGAUCCCACCGUCUUGUUGAACCUUGCGGCCACCAUCUCCAACGCCGCGCUCACGAUCACCCGCCAUAACCUGGCAGCAUCCGCUCCUGCUCCGUCAUUUGUAGUUGAGAGCUCGAGCAAUGGGCCUGUCAAUGGUAACGGAGCUCUUGAUGCCGCAGUUUCCCUUAUUCAAGCAUCAACGGACCUCCAGAUUCUCGUGUCUGGACCAGAAAACUAUCUGAAAAGCUUAUCAUACGGCUACCACGACAUCACUGCCUUGGCUGUCGUAAUUGAGUUCGACCUCGCAGGCAAGGUGCCCCUCGAAUCCUCCGUCUCCUUCAAAGAGCUUUCCAUUAGCAGCGGUUGCCCACUGGGCCGAUUGGAGCGUGUGCUGCGCCUUCUCUUCGUUCGUCGAAUCUUUUAUGAACCUCGUCCGGGAUACGUCGGUCAUACCGUCGUGUCUCAACGAAUGGUGAUCAACCCAGAGUUGACUGCGUUCCUUGGCCACUGCACCCAUGAAGCCUUUCCGGCCGCCUCAAGACUAGUUGACUCUCUGCGUAAAUACCCUUCGUCAGAAGAGCCUAAUCAAACAGGGUUUAACAUAGCGUUUAACACGAUCGACCCGUUGUUCACUUUCCUGUCAAAGGAUCCCGAACGCUUUGAACGUUUUAAUCGUGGGAUGGCCGGUCUGAGCAAGAGUGGUGGCCGGUCAGCGCAACAGGUCGUUGAGGGAUUUCCCUGGGACUCCCUUGGUGCCGCCACUGUCAUUGAUGUCGGAGGUGGUAAUGGGCACAUUUCAGUGGCUUUGGCCGAGCAAUACCCGCAGCUCUUGUUUGUUGUCCAGGACCUCGAGGCUGCAAUCUUGUCAGGGACCGAAUCUCUCCCGUCUGCCUUGAAGGGUCGGGUGCAGUUCGAGGUCCACGACAUGUUCCAGCCUCAGACACGCAGGGGCGUUGAUGUCUUUUAUCUGCGACACAUUCUCCACGACUGGCCCGAUCAUUAUGCAGUGAGAAUCCUCCAGAACCUCGUGCCCGCGAUGAAGCCAGACUCUCGUGUGAUCAUCUCGGACUCAGUUAUCCCGCCGCCAGAGCAACUCCAUGGGUUACAUGAGAAGCUAGUCCGGUAUCUCGACAUGCAAAUGAUGGUCUUGCACAAUGCGCGGGAGCGCACCGAAGAGGACUUUGCAGAUCUCCUGGCUCGAGCUGACCCUCGUCUGAAGAUCAAAAAUGUCUGGCGGAAGGGACCGGACGCAGCAGCCAGUACGAUGGUUGAGGCUGUGCUUGUAGGGUAG